AUGGCGGCCAUGACAGUGGCCCUAUGCGCCUUCGCCCUGUUCCUUUGUGCUUCACAUGGACGAAGAAGAAGAAGAUGGCGCAGCAGCCACUGGAGCUAUGGUUUCGUCCCCGACCCAGUCAUACAGCUCGAGAAUCCUGGCGCGAUGAUGCUCGCGGGCUCUGGAGGACUCGAUGGCGAUCACUGUGAUGAUGGAGGAAGCAGCAUGUUUAGCAGGGAGCAGAGUGGGAUGAAUCCGGUGUGGAAGAAGAACAUCCUGAUGGGAGGAAAGUGUCAGCUUCCUGACUUUUCAGGUGUUAUUAUAUACGACUCUGAUGGCAAUCAUGUCACUCCACCUUCCAACAAAAACUGCCCUAGGCUUACCUGGAAAUGA